UAUGAGCUCGGGAGCUGUUUCUUGCAGAAACUGAUACGGACGUGCACAGAUAUAGUGCACAUUUCUUUUUCUGCUUUUCUUUAAUGGUUAAGUGGAAUGAAAUGAUUGGCAUAGGGUCUUCAGUGAGGCAUAAAACAGAAAUACGCUUAUCUCACUGGACAGCUGUAGGAUGGUGAGCUCAUUGGAUCGUUUGUCCGUCCUGGUUUGGAGCUCAGCAAACAGGAUCAGCAUUUAUUCCGCCCAGGCUGAAGUGUCUGGACCCAGGGUCAUACUGACUGUUCCCAGUCAAGCAAGAGCUGUGUCGUAUUUGUGUGUUUGUGUUUUUUCUGGGCUGCGGAAUGUGUAGCAGUUAUGAAUAUGACUUUUCAAAGCUGAUGUAAGCCUGAGCUGGGAGCUUUUUUUUACAGACCAUAACUUUAUAGUCCAGAGGAACUAUAAACGCUUUACUAGGUCUAACUGAAAUCUCUUGGAGUGUCAACGUGGUUACAGUUCUUGUCCAUGCCUGUAAUUACCCUUCAGGUCAAGGGCUGGAAUGUCGUGACUCCACCCCCUAAGCUCUGUAUAGGAGGCGCUGAGGUGGACACCGAUGGGAGCUGCUGCUCCAUGAUGAGCUGCCAUGGCGCUGGAGGGCAUCGCCGGCGUUUCGAAGACUCGGAGUUCACCGUGCGCGUGUACCCGGGCGCCUUGGCUGAGGGCACAGUCUACUGCCCGGUAUCGGCACGCAAGGUUACGUCGGCCGCCGAGGUAAUCGAGCAGGUCAUCGAGCGUCUGCGGCUGGACCGCACAAGGCUCUAUGUCCUGGCAGAGGUCAAGGAGUUUGGCGGCGAGGAAUGGAUCCUGAACCCUAAUGACUGCCCUGUGCAGCGCAUGAUGCUGUGGCCACGCACAGCACUGGAGAACCGCUUCAGCGGCGAUGACUACCGCUUCCUCCUGCGCGAGAAAAACAUCGAUGGCUCGAUUCACUACGGCAACGUGCAGAUGUGGCUCAGGGUCACGGAGGAAAGGAGGCGGCUGAUUGAACGCGGACUUCUUCCUCAGCCCCCGGCAGAACAGCUCCCUGCUGAUCUCUGCACUUUACCGGACCUAAACGAAAAGACGCUACUCGAAAACUUGCGCUCGCGCUUCAGGCAGGAGAAGAUCUACACUUACGCUGGUGGAAUCUUAAUCGUUGUUAACCCCUUCAAGUUUCUCCCUAUAUACAAUCCCAAAUAUGUCAAAAUGUAUGACAACCAUCAGCUGGGCAAGCUGGAGCCACACAUCUAUGCUGUUGCUGAUGUGGCAUACCAUGCCAUGCUGCAAAAGCACAGCAAUCAGUGUAUUGUAAUAUCCGGAGAGAGUGGUUCAGGCAAGACCCAGAGCACUAACUUUCUGAUCCAUCACCUCACCGCACUUAGCCAAAAGGGCUUUGCAAGUGGAGUAGAGCAGAUCAUACUGGGAGCUGGACCUGUCCUGGAGGCAUUUGGAAAUGCUAAAACAGCCCACAACAACAACUCCAGUCGCUUUGGCAAAUUUAUCCAAGUGAACUAUCAAGAGAACGGCACAGUGAGAGGGGCCUACGUUGAAAAGUAUCUACUAGAGAAAUCUCGAUUGGUUUAUCAGGAGUACAACGAGAGGAACUACCAUGUGUUUUAUUACCUUUUGGCUGGAGCAAGUGAGGACGAAAGAAAAGCUUUCCACCUGCUUAAACCAGAGGAGUAUCAUUACCUUAAUCAGAUGACAAAGAAAGUGCACAGACUACACUGGGAAAAUUACUAUGAGAGUGAGCUGGACUGUUUCACUGUGGAAGGAGAAGAUCUGAAGCACGACUUUGAGAGGCUUCAGCUAGCUAUGGAGAUGGUGGGCUUCCUGCCAGCCACCCGUAAACAAAUAUUUUCACUGCUCUCUGCUAUUCUGCUUCUGGGGAACAUACGCUACAAGAAAAAGACCUACAGAGAUGACUCCAUUGAUAUCUGUAAUUCUGAAGUGCUUCCAACCAUUUCUGAACUGCUGGAGGUAAAAGAAGAGAUGCUUUUGGAAGCCCUGACCACACGAAAGACAGUGACAGUGGGAGAGCGUCUCAUUGUUCCUUAUAAACUAGCUGAGGCUGUUACAGUGCGAGAUUCCAUGGCUAAAUCUCUGUAUGGAGCUCUCUUUGACUGGAUUGUCUUUCGCACUAAUCAUGCACUUCUUAAUAACAAAGCCCUGGAGGACUCGGCCAAGCUCUUGUCUAUUGGGGUGCUGGAUAUCUUUGGCUUUGAGGACUAUGAGAACAACAGCUUUGAGCAGUUCUGCAUCAACUUUGCCAAUGAGAGACUGCAACACUACUUUAACCAACACGUCUUUAAAUUAGAGCAGGAGGAAUAUCGUGCAGAGGGCAUCAGCUGGCAUAUGAUUGAGUACAUUGACAACACAAGCUGCAUCAAUCUCAUCAGCAAGAAACCCACAGCACUGCUUCACCUGCUGGACGAGGAGUGCAACUUCCCCCAGGCAAGUAACCAGACUCUACUGGAUAAGUUCAAGAGGCAACAUGAAGGGAACAGCUACAUUGAGUUUCCUGCAGUCAUGGAGCCAGCCUUCAUCAUUCGCCACUAUGCCGGCAAGGUCAAAUACAGUGUCAAGGAUUUUCGGGAGAAGAACACAGACCACAUGCGGCCGGACAUCGUAGCUUUGCUGAAGAGCAGUAAAAUCGGCUUUAUCUGUAGCCUGAUGGGGAUUGAUCCUGUGGCCACCUUCCGCUGGGCUGUGCUCAGAGCGUACUUCAGAGCUAUAGUGGCAUUCAGAGCAGCUGGAAAAAGGCAUGGGGAGAAGAAGAGUGUGGGAUCUGACACUGCAGUGCAGUGUACAGUAAUGAAACGUGUGGAUAGCUUUAGUUUUCUGCAUCACCCUGUGCACCAGCGAAGCCUUGAGAUACUUCAGAGAUGUAAAGACGACAAAUACAAUCCUUGCACCACAUGGAAAAAUCAACGCAGCUCGUUGUCAAAUCUUCAGGGCACCAACACGGUCAAUGAAAAAUCCACUAGAGACGGGCUCUCUGGGUGUAAUAAUCGUAACUCAAGGCCUAGUCGUCUGACCUCCGUUUGCUCCUCACACGAAGAUGAUGGGAUCUUUGUUAACGCCAUGAGUAGCAAGCUGUUAGAAAGAGCACAGGGCAUUCUUAUGCGCAACAAAAACUACAAGGCCAAGCUCGCCCUUCCCAAGCAUCUGUUAAACGUAAAGUCCCUGAAGUACCUGAGCAGCCUGACACUUCAUGACCGCAUCACCAAGUCACUCCUGCACCUGCACAAAAAGAAGAAACCUCCCAGCAUCAGUGCACAGUUUCAGGCCUCACUUAACAAACUGAUGGACACCCUGGGUCAGUCUGAGCCUUACUUUGUGAAAUGCAUUCGCUCAAACGCAGAAAAGCUUCCUCUGCGAUUUAAUGAUGCUUUAGUACUGAGGCAGCUGCGGUACACUGGUAUGCUAGAGACAGUAAGAAUACGACAGUCUGGAUACAGCAUCAAGUACACCUUUAAGGACUUUGCUCAUCAUUUUCAUGUCCUGUUGCCCAGCGGUGUGAGUACCAGUAAGACUGGCAUUCAAGAGUUCCUGAAGGGAGCUGACCUUGACCCAGAUGGGUAUCAAGUUGGCAACACCAUGGUGUUUUUGCGAGAAGCACAGCGGCAGAAGUUGCAGAAUGUGCUUCAUCAAGAAGUCCUAAGGAGGAUUGUGGCUUUGCAAAGGAGAUUCAGAGCCGUGCUGGAGAGACGUCAGUUUACCAGCCAGAGACGUGCUGCAUGCAUCUUACAGCGCUGGUGGCGCAAGUGUUUGCUAACCCACGGCAGCGAGAGCGAUGAAGUUUCUGAGCAGCAGCAUGAAGCAGCUGUGUGUGUGCAGGCAGCGUGGAGAGGCUACAGGGAGAGAAAACUCUACCUCCUGCAGAGGGAUGCAGUGCUGCUGCUGCAGAGAAGCUGGAGGAGAUGUACACAGAGACGGAGACAUGAAGCUGCAUGUCUAAUCCAGGCUUUGUGGAGAGCACACAGACAGAGGCAGAGAUACCAGCGGCAGUGCAGAGCUGUCAUAACACUGCAGGCAGCCUGGAGGGGGCAUAAGGCUCGGCAAAGGUGUGGAUGCCUGAGAAAAGAGAUGAAAAACAGUACACAGAACCAUGAAAAGGAUGACACAGAAGAAAGCUUACAAAACAUGCAAAUCUGUACCAAUGCCCAGUCCAGGUGUCAGGAGUCCCCAGUAUUACAUGAAAGUUUUGAAGCCUCACAAGAGUGCAGAAUGGAUGUAAGCGACAUUCUGCCAUCGGAACUCUCCAAGUCUUUUGAUGAUAGUACUUUAAAGAGCCGAGCCAAGCGAGAAAGCAGGAGGAAAAGAGAGCUUGAGCAGGCUUCUUUUAGCCUAAAACUGUUAAAGGUGCGAUCCAGUCCUUUAUCCCACUCUACUGAAAAUAAAGUCUCCUCAGAUGCUGCUUCCCUCUCCCUUCAAAGUUCUCUGGACAGCCAUGAAAGCGUUGACCCCCCUAACAUUGAUGACAUGGAGCUGGAGACAAGUGACCUUCCUCAUCAUGAUCUGUCCCCUAAUAAACAGUCCACACCAACUAAAGUGAAUAAGAAAACGGUUCUGGAAACAGAGAAGGCACAGCGGAGAGAAACAGAACCAUCAAGUCCGAUUCAGGCAGGCCAACGGACCUCAAAGGCUCUGUUCUAUAUAUCAGAUGAAGCUAGCAGUCCUUGCCAUGAGCCACAUACACCAUCUAAAAAGUCUGGCAAAGACAGAAAGGAGUCUCUAGUGUUUGUCAUCAGCAUGCAGAAGGAGAGUCCUGUAGACCAGAGUAGUCUGGAAGCUCUGGAAAAAUUAGAGAAAGAAACAGAGUGCAGAGCAAGCUCUGAUAAGCAGAAGAAGGUUUCAUCAAGCAGACAACCAGAAAGCACUCGCUUUAAUCAUCCAACCAUUCAGCCAUCUCCAGUUCCAUCACCGAGUACACCCACAGGAGGUACAGCACAGGGAGCGAUUUCACAAGUCAGGAAAGAAGAGGAGGUGGUUAAAAUGCAAACUCCGAAAAAGGCAGUGACUCUCAGUAUCAGCAUGAAGGACAAAGCUACUAGCCUGGCCUUCUCUCCCAAACGCAGCAGACUGACCUUCUCUAAGUCUGAUAAAGAUCUGGUGAAUCAGGAGCGAUCUAUGGCCUUGCAGCGAGAGAGGACAUCAGGUUUCAGAUCUCUAAAAAGCAAAGAGGUGGCCCGAGCCGGCCGCCCAAAGAAAGCUCGCAUGGCCAGAACCCGCUCCGACUUCCUGACCCGGGCCUGUAGCACAGAGGCUGAUUCUGACGAUGAGGAUGAUGAAGAGUAUGAGUACACACCUGUCCUCCAUCAUACACGGCCCCUCCCAGAGUCCCCAGACUCUCCCAGCCUUGAGCAGGCCUCCCACAGUGACUCUGAGAUGCCCUCUCAGAAAGAACAGAAGCGACUGCAGAAGGCCAUGUCCUCAGGAGAUCUGGGAAAGGUAGAUGCACUGAGGAAGUCUUUAUCACAACCGGAUAGCAGCAGGGUGAGUCGUAAGAUGCGAUUUUGGGCAAAGGGAAAGCAAAGUGAGAAAAAGUUGUCCAUAAGAGGGCGCUCAGCAGAUGCAGAUCUUACAAAAACACGCAACGACUCUCCCUCUGGCAGCCCUGAGCGUGUCCGGGACAGUAAGGAGAACCGGGAGCCAGAAAUUCGGAUGAUGACGAUGAAGAGGAGACGGAGUGUAAAGAUUAGCAGUGUGACCCAGGAACCGGCUGCAUGGCAGAAUGACUCUCUUCACAUACUCACCUGCACUGCAGAUUAUCUCAGCAUGAACGAUUUCCUCAUGAAAAAGAUAAAUGAUCUGGAGACUGAGGACAGUAAAAAGGACACUGCUGUGGAUGUGGUCUUUAAGAAGGCUUUAAGAGAGUUUCGCCUUAAUAUCUUCAACUCCUACUCCACUGCUCUGGCUAUGGAUGAUGGAAAGAGUAUUAGAUAUAAGGACCUGUAUGCACUUUUUGAGCACAUCCUGGAGAAGGGCAUGCGCCUGGAGCAAAGAGACUGGUCUGAAUCACCUGUUAAAGUCUGGGUCAACACCUUUAAAGUCUUCCUGGAUGAGUUUAUGACCGAGUACAAGCCCAUGGAUGGCACCAUAAGCAAGGCUCCUAAACCAGAACGUAAGAAAAGAAGAAAAAAGGAGGCAGACAUUGUAGAGGAGCACUUGGGCCACAUUUUCAAAUCCACUCAGUACAGCAUUCCCACAUACUGCGAGUAUUGUUCCUCUCUCAUUUGGAUGAUGGAUAGAGCAUGCGUCUGCAAAUUGUGUCGCUAUGCAUGUCAUAGGAAAUGCUGCUUAAGGAUGACCACUAAAUGUAGCAAGAAGUUUGAUCCAGAACUAUCUUCUCGGCAGUUUGGCGUAGAACUGUCCCAGUUGACCAGUGAUGACCGGGCUGUACCUCUGGUAGUGGAGAAGCUAAUCAACUACAUAGAGAUGCAUGGUCUCUAUACAGAGGGCAUUUACAGAAAGUCUGGAUCUACUAAUAAAAUCAAAGAGCUCAAGUUGGGGCUGGACACAGAUGUAAACAGUGUUAUUCUGGAUGACUAUAACAUCCACGUCAUUGCCAGUGUGUUAAAGCAGUGGCUACGGGACCUCCCCAAUCCCCUCAUGACUUUUGAGCUUUAUGAGGAGUUUUUAAGGGCUGCAGCUUUGCAGGACAAGAAAGAAGUGGUGGGGGGUGUGUACACAGUAAUUGAUCUGCUCAGUAGGACUUACCUCAGCACCCUGGAGAGACUCAUCUUUCAUCUGGUCAGGAUCUCAUUGCAGGAGGAAACAAACAGGAUGUCUGCUAAUGCUCUGGCUAUUGUGUUUGCUCCUUGUGUCCUACGAUGUCCCGACACCACUGAUCCUCUACAAAGUGUGCAGGACAUUGGCAAGACUACUGCCUGUGUGGAGCUUAUCAUCUGUGAGCAGGUGAAUAAGUACAAAGCCAGACUGAAAGACAUCAACACUCUGGAGUUUGCCGAGAGCAAAGCCAAGCUCCGCCUCACACACAUCAGACGGUCUUUGGGUAAAAGCCAGUUGUGUAAAAGCAGUUCUCGUGCCCUGUCUCCACCCACAAGCCUGCAGUCACCGGUUAGCCCUGUGGAGGAGGGACUGAAUGAAGGUGGAGCAACUUCAGGCCUGACUGAACAGCAAGAGUCAUCCAUGCAUCAAGAAGAAAAAGUGCUGACCCAGCAAAUAGAAAACUUACAGAAGGAGAAGGAGGAGCUGACUUAUGAGAUGUUGGCACUGGAGGCACGAACAUCUGAUGAUGAGAUGCUGGAAUCUGAGGCUUCUAUAGGAACAGCAGACAGCUCAGAGAAUUUAUUAGCAGAACAUGAAGGAGCAACAUCUGAGGCCUGGGAAAUGCGCUCCAUAAUGCACUCACGAAAAUCCGAGACCAAAAGCAGACGUGCUUUGCGACGCCAGCCUGAGUCCUUGGACUCUGUAGAUUCUGCUGUUGCCUCUCUUUCCUCUAGUUCCUCCACUCCUCACUACCGCUUCCGCUCUUUAUCCUCUGGCCCUCUGUUCUCUUUACCUUCAGGGGGUGAGCAGCUGCUCCUUCCCGAGCAGGAGGAAACCGAGCGUGCAAUGCUAACCACUCGCUGCGCCUCUAGCACAGAUAGAACACGGCAGAGGACCAGAGGCAACCAGAGCUGCCCUCCUCAUCCCAGAGAGUCUGAAGAAGUGGAGGGGAGAAGAAGAGACAAUGACUUUAGCCCAGUGCAGCCUCUAGUGCUGUACGGCAGCAAAGAGUUCAUGGUGUGAACUGGAGAGCGAGUACCAUACAGGCUGAAGCUGGUAUUCAGAACCAUGUUGUUGUGAAAGCUCUCUGAACAAAGAGAGAAAGACGUCGGCGAUUGUGAUCAGAAUAUAAAAAGAGGUUAUGGAUGAGUAGGAUGGAGGGAUAUGAGAAAAAAAAAGUGCAAUGAGUAAGUCUGCCAAAGCAAAAUCCCUCAACUAUAUGUGAUCCACCUGCUGUAGAGUGGACCUGCUGGACUGGUCCUAUUCUCACUGCUUAACUUUUAGCUUUCCAUCAUUGUUUACAACUGAGCCAAUUCGAGGUCACCUGACUUCAACUGACUGCACAGUGCUUUGCUAACACUUUUUCUUCACUAUACAGAGAUGUCAUUAGUUAAGACAUUGAUAAUGUAUUAAAUGUGUAAAAUAAUAUGAUAAUGCAUUACUUUGACAGAAAAAUAUUCAUUGUACUUUACAUAAAACAAUGCAGCGCUGCUGGAUAGUCCAUGUGAAAAGCGUUAAUCGUCUUAAGUUUUGUAAUGGUAUGUGUUCUGUUUUUAUGUCAGAUAUUGUCUUGUAAGCUUGUUUGCUGUUUUUUAUUUUCAGCUGAGUCACUUAAAAGGACAAUGUCUCUUGACAGGACAAAGGGACGAUCAGAACAGCAAUGAUGUAGCUAUUUCUAAUCAUAGCCAUAUUUUGUUGGAUUUUGUCCAUGUGACAUGCCUUUUUUCUUUUUUUUUUUAUCAUCAUUUUUUGUGUUUUGUGACCAAAAAGAACUUGAAAUAUUUGUCAUCUAUUUCUUAUAUUAUUGUGGUUGCUUUAAGUAAGUUCCUAAUAUAUAAUUUUAAUACAUCUGCUCUAUAUUUAUGUACAUAUAUUACAUUUUCAAAAGAGCCAUUUUUUGUUAUCUGCAGUCAUUGCUUGUCUCUGUACUGUAGACAUGAUCAGAAUUCUUUAUAAAAAAAAAAAAGAAAAAGAACGUGAGCCACAGAGCUUUAGCACUAGUAAUCAGAACCGAACGAAUACAAAGCCAUUACACAUAUACACAAGCAUACAUAAUCACAGUCAUUUCAUGAUACACAGUAAUGCUUUCACUAACUAAAUAUUACCUUCAUCCUCAACUGCACUUAAUAAAUGUGUUACAAUAAAAUGAUAUAAUCUGCCGGGAUGUCUAUAUAAACUUUUAUUGUGAUGGUAUAGGUCAAGAAACAUGCAGCUACUUAUGUUUUAAGGUUUAUGGUAUGUGUAUUUACAACUUGUUUCAUUUUAGUCUGUUUUAUACAUUUGAGAGGUGUAAUCAUCACCUGUCAGCUUUACCACAUCUUUGUCCAUGUUUAAUUUACUUUUGAUCUGAAAACCAGUGGUAGCUCAGUGGUUAAGGUACUGGACUAGUGAUCAGAAGGUUGCUGGUUCAAACCCCACCACCAAGUUGCAACUGCUGGGCCCAUGAGCGAUUGCUUGAGUUGUAUUCAGUCACAAUUGUAAGCCACUUUGGAUAAAAGCGUCUGCUAAUGGUGUAAAUGCAAUGUAAUGGUAAUGAAAACCGAAAGCCCUGUUUCUUCUUCAACUUAACUGUUCUGGGUACAGUGUUCAUCAUAUGUGAAUGUAUAGAGCAGUAAUCACUGGAAGGCAUGCUACACUGUUUUAUCUGUUCUAUCUUUUACAUCUGUACUAUUAAAAAACCCAUAUAAAAGUG